AGUGGUGCAGUGAGCCCCCAGAGGGGGGCGGCACUGAGCCCCUCGUUUCCCUAAGCAGCAGCAGAACAAGAAGAAAAGAAGAAGAGGCGCUAGCUGCUGAGAGCUCUGAGGAAAGUUAUCGCACAUUCAGGUGAUGUCGUCUCUUUGCGGCCCGGGGGAAGGCGGUCUGCUGGCUGGCUUCACUCUGGAGGCGGUCACUGAGCGCACCAAACAGACGGACCGGGAGCACCCCCGCCUGCUCAUCCCGGAGCUGUGCCGUCUCUUCUACCAGCUGGGCUGGGUGACGGGGACGGGGGGCGGGGUCAGCGUCAGACACAGAGACCACAUCUACAUCGCCCCCUCAGGGGUCCAGAAGGAGAGGCUCCAGCCAGAGGACCUGUUUGUGUGCGACCUGGAGGAGAGGGAGGUCAGCAGUCCUCCUGACUGGAAGCAGCUGCAGAGGAGCCAGUGCACCCCCCUGUUUAUGAACGCCUAUACCAUGAGAGGGGCGGGGGCUGUGAUCCACACCCACUCCAAGGCCGCCGUCAUGGCAACGCUGCUGUGUCCCGGCAGGGAGUUCAGGAUCACGCACCAGGAGAUGAUCAAGGGCAUUCGGAGGGGGACCUCGGGCUACAACUACAGCUACCAGGACACCCUGGUGGUGCCGAUCAUCGAGAACACGCCGGAGGAGAGGGACCUGAAGGAGCGCAUGGCGCGCGCCAUGGAAGAUUACCCAGAAUCCUGUGCGGUCCUGGUUCGGCGCCACGGAGUCUACGUGUGGGGCGAGACGUGGGAGAAGACCAAGACCAUGUGCGAGUGCUACGACUACCUGUUCGACCUGGCCGCCCAGAUGAGGCGCUGUGGGCUGGACCCCGCGGCCCCGCCCACAGGAGAGGAGGGCAUCGUCUGACCUCAGCGCCCCAAUGAGCAGCAGCCGUGGACUGAGAGCAGCCAAUCAGGGACCACCAGAGGCCGUGUGAUGCCUGGGCAGACAGGGGGUCCUCCGGUGGACGCUGGGGUCUUACGGGUCUCAUCAGUCUUGUUUGGGUUUUGGACGCAUGCCCUCGAAGCACCUGAGCUGUGGAAGAGCCCCUGAGGACUGAGUGAGGCCCUCGGACCGGACGCUGUUCAGAUCCAGGUCAGCGCCGUACGAUCAGAGCGGGUUGGAGUCGGGGGUCAGAGGAAUAGAAAUAAAGGUUGAUUCAUACUAUGA